AUGGCCCCUGGGAAGCUCUGGAUUGUCUUUUGCAUCGGCCUCUGGGCCAUGUGCCGGCCGAAACCCAUGCCGGCAAAGGCCCCGGCGACCACAAGCCCGUGGGGAUCUGAUGGGGGACCGGUGUUCGAAAUGGAGAUCGACGUGAGCCUAUUGAACAAGAAAAAUGUGAACCCGGACACCGAGAAGAAUGGCAACGUGAACCCGGACAACGAGAAGAAUGCCAACGUGAACCCGGACAACGAGAAGAAUGCCAACGUGAACCCGGACAACGAGAAGAAUGCCAACGUGAACCCGGACACCGAGAAGAAUGGCAACGUGAACCCGGACAACGAGAAGAAUGGCAACGUGAACCCGGACAACGAGAAGAAUGCCAACGUGAACCCGGACACCGAGAAGAAUGGCAACGUGAACCCAGACAACGAGAAGAAUGCCAACGUGAACCCGGACAACGAGAAGAAUGGCAACGUGAACCCGGACACCGAGAAGAAUGGCAACGUGAACCCAGACAACGAGAAGAAUGCCAACGUGAACCCGGACACCGAGAAGAAUGCCAACGUGAACCCGGACACCGAGAAGAAUGGCAACGUGAACCCGGACAACGAGAAGAAUGGCAACGUGAACCCGGACACCGAGAAGAAUGGCAACGUGAACCCGGACACCGAGAAGAAUGCCAACGUGAACCCGGACACCGAGAAGAAUGGCAACGUGAACCCGGACAACGAGAAGAAUGGCAACGUGAACCCGGACAACGAGAAGAAUGCCAACGUGAACCCGGACAACGAGAAGAAUGGCAACGUGAACCCAGACAACGAGAAGAAUGGCAACGUGAACCCAGACAACGAGAAGAAUGGCAACGUGAACCCGGACACCGAGAAGAAUGGCAACGUGAACCCAGACAACGAGAAGAAUGGCAACGUGAACCCGGACACCGAGAAGAAUGGCAACGUGAACCCAGACAACGAGAAGAAUGGCAACGUGAACCCAGACAACGAGAAGAAUGGCAACGUGAACCCGGACACCGAGAAGAAUGGCAACGUGAACCCAGACAACGAGAAGAAUGGCAACGUGAACCCAGACAACGAGAAGAAUGGCAACGUGAACCCGGACACCGAGAAGAAUGGCAACGUGAACCCGGACACCGAGAAGAAUGGCAACGUGAACCCAGACAACGAGAAGAAUGGCAACGUGAACCCGGACACCGAGAAGAAUGGCAACGUGAACCCGGACACCGAGAAGAAUGGCAACGUGAACCCGGACACCGAGAAGAAUGGCAACGUGAACCCAGACAACGAGAAGAAUGCCAACGUGAACCCGGACACCGAGAAGAAUGGCAACGUGAACCCAGACAACGAGAAGAAUGGCAACGUGAACCCGGACACCGAGAAGAAUGGCAACGUGAACCCGGACACCGAGAAGAAUGGCAACGUGAACCCGGACACCGAGAAGAAUGGCAACGUGAACCCGGACACCGAGAAGAAUGGCAACGUGAACCCAGACAACGAGAAGAAUGCCAACGUGAACCCGGACACCGAGAAGAAUGGCAACGUGAACCCAGACAACGAGAAGAAUGGCAACGUGAACCCGGACACCGAGAAGAAUGGCAACGUGAACCCAGACAACGAGAAGAAUGCCAACGUGAACCCGGACACCGAGAAGAAUGGCAACGUGAACCCAGACAACGAGAAGAAUGGCAACGUGAACCCGGACACCGAGAAGAAUGGCAACGUGAACCCAGACAACGAGAAGAAUGGCAACGUGAACCCGGACACCGAGAAGAAUGGCAACGUGAACCCGGACAACGAGAAGAAUGCCAACGUGAACCCGGACAACGAGAAGAAUGGCAACGUGAACCCAGACAACGAGAAGAAUGCCAACGUGAACCCGGACACCGAGAAGAAUGCCAACGUGAACCCGGACACCGAGAAGAAUGAGAAGGGGUCCGAGCUCGACCAGGAUGUCCAAAGAACCUCGAAGGGCAGUGCCGGAGGGCGGCCCGGAAAUUGGCUCGUCCUGACCGUAUUGUUCCUCCAAGUCCUAUGGUACCUC